AUGGUUCGAGCAAUCGCUGCAAAAACUAAAUCCAUUAAUUUGAUUGAUCUUCUCAUUGAUUCUAACAUGCAGAUCCCAUGUUCUUCUUGCAAGACUCUGCAGACAGACAUUCCUUACAUAUAUGGGUGGUUAAAAUUGCCCCCAGAUGUUGUUUCUCAUCAGUUGCAAUGGGCCCAAACUCAUGAACUUGAGGAGAAAGGUUACUCGAUCAACUUCUUAAUCGCGAAUGAGAAAUUGGUAUGGAAAUCUCCUGGGAAAAUCGAGCUCGAGAUAUUGAAUAUCGGUCGUGAAAUCUCAAGCGAGUGGAAUAGUUCCAAUCGGUUUCGUGUUAAUUGCUCCCGAAAAUACACAGCUGCGGGAUUUGAUGUAUGUGCGGGUAAAAUCUCAACCAACCAAAAUUUGAUCUUCGAGAAAUUCACUGACAUCCCACGUCAGCGACCCGAAUUCGUGACUCAACUCAAAAUCCAGGCCGUCCAAAAGAACAUUCUCCAACACCGUCUCCUGCACCCUCACCUCGUCGUAGAUCAACGGCGACGGCGACCGAAAAUCAAAAUAGUCCUUGAGGAAGCACUGAUCCAACGGCAGACAGUCAUCCAUCAGCAACUCCGGUGGCGGCGGCGGAUCUUCAACCACCCCGCCCUUCUGAUCCUCCUCCUCGCCGGAGUUGGCUGUUUUCAGGUACCGCGAUUUAAGGACGGAGGUCGGGGAGGACAGAUUCUCCAACGACUCCUCCUCGCCGGAGUUGGCCGCCGCCCUGGGCGGCGGCCGGAUGAUGUUGGUGGUGGCGUCCGGCCCACGUAUCCGGAUCGCUUCCCUGUCACAACGGCGGCCUCUUCCGCCGUCGCGAAGGUGCCCAACCAGACCCUCGUCCGGAGCGCCGGAUCUCGGAUCUCCGCUGAGUACCGCCCCCAUGGCCGCCGUCGGACGCCGCGGUACUUUUUCUCUCCGCCCUCUGCCCCCGCCGCCGGAGAUGGAGACGGCUUCUUCUUCGCGGCGGCGGCGCUCCUCUCCUGCUGGCCGCCUCUCCUGGUGGCGGGAGCUGCCGACGCCGCCGUCGGCGGCGGCGGCGGCCUCUCGGCCUCCACCCUGAUCUCGUUCACGUGCUUCCGCACGCGCCGGCAGUUGGCGUAG